AUGCUGGCCCUCAGCACGAUCAACCGCCUCGCGGAGCACCGGCUACCCCUGGGCCUGGAGAUGGCAGGCAGAGAGGCCCCGCUGGACGUGAGGGACAUGCGGAUGCUUCUGGACGGCCUGGGGGAUGGCACCUUCUCCAAGGAUGUGGUGGCAGCCCUGGAGCGGCAGCUCUGCGGUGAAGGCCCUGUCCCCUCUAGCGAGGCGGCCCAGCUGCUGCAGGACAACAGAUGCUUCAGGCUGCUGCUGCGCAGCUUUGAGCUGCUAGGGGCAGAGAAGGCUGUGAGCCUGAGCAUCCUCAGGAUCCUGAACAAGUUCCUGGACGGUUACCAGGAGGAUGUGCUGCCCUGGCACGAGUGUGUGGAGCCUUGUUUGUCCUCCCUGAGUACCCACAGCAGUGACCGGGAGGUGGUGCAGGGGGUCGUAGGCUUCCUGCAUCGCCUGGCCACCAUCAGCAAGGACUGCGCGGUGGUCAUGUGCCGUGUGGGCACCCGCGAAGCUCUGUCCAAAGCCCUGGACAAGCACAGCACGCCCCUGUCACUGGCGCCAGCCCUGCUCGACCUGGUGGUUGACUGUGAGAAGUACGCCAGCCUCUACAAGAAGCUGACGACUAGCAUCUUGGCUGGCUGCAUCCAGCUGGUCCUGGGGCAGAUUGAGGAGCACCGCCGGCGCCACCAGCCCAUCAGCAUCCCAUUCUUUGAUGUCUUUCUGCGCAACCUGUGCCGAGGCUCCAGCGUGGAGGUGAAGGAGGACAAGUGUUGGGAGAAGGUGCAGGUCUCCUCCAACCCCCACCGGGCCAGCAAGCUCACGGACAGGAACCCCAAGACCUACUGGGAGUCGAAUGGCAGCACCGGCUCCCACUUCAUCACUGUCCACAUGCAGUGUGGUGUGGUGGUCAGGGAGAUGAGCAUGCUGGUAGCCAGCGAGGACUCCAGCUACAUGCCGGCCCGUGUCGUGGUGCUGGGGGGAGACAGCCCUGCCACCAUCAGAACUGAGCUCAAUGCGGUGACCAUCCUGCCCUCAGACAGCAGAGUGAUCCUGCUGGAGAACAUGACCCGAUUCUGGCCCGUCAUUCAGAUCCGGGUGAAGCGGUGCCAGCAGGGUGGCAUUGACACACGUGUGCGUGGCAUUGAGGUGCUGGGCCCCAAGCCCACUUUCUGGCCCGUUUUCAAGGAGCAGCUGUGCCGGCGGACGUUCCUCUCCUGCACAGCUCGGGCUCAUGCCUGGUGCCAGGAGAUCUGCCGGGACCGGGGGCGACUGCUGCAGCUCUUUGGCAGGCUGAACCGGGUGCUGCAGCAUGAGCAGGGCUUCGCCGACCGCUUCCUUCCUGAUGACGAGGCAGCCUGGGCAUUGGGCAGGACGUGCUGGGAGGCCCUGGUGAACCCCUUGGUGCAGAGCAUCACCAGCCCAGACCCCCACGGCAUCAGCCCCCUGGCCUGGCUGCUGAGCGAGUACCUAGAGAGCAUGGAGCCACCCUGUGGCGCUGCGAGCCGUGGUGCUGUCUUUGGUUCCCGUGUGCGGCGCCUGACCCAGCUCCUGGUGCACGUGGACCCCGGAAGCCAGGAGCUGGAGGAGGCAAGAGUAGCUGGUGAGCGAGGGUCUGGGAAGAACAAGGAGGUGCCGGCCAGGGCUGCAAAGACGGUGGUGGAGAAGUCGAGCAGCCUGUGGGGCAUCUCGCAGUGCUGGCGUGGCGUGGUGCAGCAGCAGGUGCAGCAGUUCCUGGAGGCGGCAGGGCAGGCACCGGACCUUGUGGAGCGAUACUGCGGGCUGUACCAGCGCCUGCGCGGCGCCACGGAGGAGCUCUUUGGGCAGCAGGCUGCCUUUGUGCUGGCCCUGGGCCAGGGCUUCGCAGGAGCUUUGCUGCAGCUCUCCUUCCUUACCACCCUGCACGUGAGUGAGCAGUUUGCCUGCUACCUUGAUGGGCAGAUCCAGGAGCUCCACAGGGCUGCGGGCAGCGCGGGGUCACUGCAACGGCUACAGCAGAUCCUGGAGCCCUUCGUUGUCGUCAGUGGCCUGGAGCUCGCCCACACCUUCGAGCACUUCUACCGGCACUACCUGGGCAACCGGCUCCUGGCACAAGGGCCGUCUUGGCUGGAAGGAGCCAUUGUGGAGCAGAUCGGGCUGUGCUUCCCCAGCCGCUUCCCCCAAGAGAUGCUGAACAACUUGGCUGAGUCGGAGGAGCUCCAGCAGCAGUUUUACCUCUUCCAGCUGCAGGAGCAGGACAAGCGGCUGCUGGAGCUGGACAUGGGCCUGGACGAGGCACUGGGGACAGCCUCGGUGGCGGAUGUGCCAGAGGUGAAGGUGCUGGCCCUGUCCCCGCGCUGCUGGCCCGUUUCCCCGUUCUGCUAUAUGGAUGAACCUGGGAGGUUUUUCUCAGCGGCCUUGAGCUCCCCUCUGGAUGAGUUUGCCGACUUCUGCAGGCGGAGUCAGAGCCAGCUGGGCUGGGAGUGUACAAAGCCCCGGCGGUUGCAGUGGACAUGGCUGGGCCAUGCUGAACUGCAGUUUGGAGACUGCAUCCUCCACGUGUCCACACUGCAGAUGUACAUCCUGCUAUGCUUCAACAACACUGAGGAGGUGGCUGUGGAGGCCCUGCUGCAGGCUACAGGGCUCCCUGCUGACCUGGUGCACCACGCACUGACUCCGCUGACCCAUGGCGAGGGCAUCCUAGUGCGGAGCUGCAUGCCAGGAG